AGCUGUCCAAUCCCACACAAGGCUCGAGCUAAGAAGGAAAAAACAAGCGAACAUUGCAGGAUAUUCUCACAGGAUGUGUACGAGAGCAGAGAGAGAAAGAGAGAGAGACAUGUGAGUGUGUGUGGAGCACAGAAGAGCUCAUGAAGAGAUUCAACUGAGCACUAUGGAUGUCCGUGUCUGGAUCGUGGUGCUCAUGGUAACGCCUGUCGCUCUCUUCAGACGUCCAGCAGAACUUUCUCUCUGUCAUGUGCUCCAGAAAGAUGCCGACUGCAGUCAUCUGAACCUCAGAAACAUCCCCAAACAUCUUCCCUCCGGCAUCCUCACGCUGGACCUGUCCCAGAACCGUCUCCAGAACCUGACGGAUGACUCUCUCCUGUCUUACACCGCCAUCCAUCAUCUCAAGCUUCACGCCAAUCAGAUCCAGUUCAUUCAGCCGGGCGUCUUCAGAGACAUGAGUCAUCUGCGUGUGCUGGAUCUGUCCAGGAACUCUCUGGAUGUUUACGGCGCUCUGAAGACACACGUGGGGCCGCUUCCGUCCGUACACAGUCUGGAUCUGUCGGGAAACGGCCUCUUCACCCACAUGAGCGACUACUUUCUGAGAGACGCUCCGGCGCUCACCAACCUGUCGUUGAACGGGAACAGCAUCACCAAAAUCAGCAGGGACACGUUCAAUGGAUCUCAGGCCUUACGAAACAUUGACUUGCAUAACAACGUCAUCAUUGAGAUCGAAGAAGGCGCCUUUGAGUCCUUGAGCAAUCUCUCCGAACUCGAUUUGUCCGUGAACUCCGUUUCUUGCAUCGUGGACUUUAACCUCUUCCAGCUCAAGACGUUAAACUUGAGCAGAAACAGCAUGAGCAGCUUCCAGACCAUCGAUUCUGACCGGGACUUUGAGCUGCUGGAUCUGGACCUGAGGGAAAACAAAAUCCUGGAUUUCCCUGUCCUUCCCCGGAACAACAGACUGGUGUUCCUGGACCUGUCACGAAAUCUCUUGAGGAGCGUGAACUGCUCGGGUCCUGUGGACGAGCUGGAGAACCCAAAGGACAGUUCUAUCUGCGGCGGUAAACGGCAUCAAGAUCUUCCGAGGCUGAUGUACUUAGACUUGAGUUACAAUCAGCUGAAAAGCCUUCCGUCCUCUUUCUUCAGCAGCACGAAAGCUCUGGAAACCCUAAAUGUCAGCAACAACUGUUUGCAGAGCUUCAGGGUGACGGCGGACGGGCCGCUGAACUCUCUCAGAACGCUGGACGUCAGCUUCAAUAACCUCCAGGAUCGAGUUGAGGAGGAGACGCUGACGGCGCUGGAGGUUCUGCACCUGCAGGGGAACUCUCUCCGUGUGUUGGACGCCAACAUCUUCUCCAGACUGCCCAGUAUCCACACCCUCCACCUCCAGCAGAAUCGUCUGAGCAUCUGCCCUGCCGCAGACGGCUGCGUCUCGCUCGCGUCCCUCCCCACCUUACGCUAUCUCUACCUGUCAGAGAACGUGCUCUCGUCCGUCCCGCGGGAAGCCUUCAGUGGCAGCCCGCUCCUCAUCCUGGAUCUGUCUCUGAACCCCGGCAUGGAGAUAGACGCCGGCGCUCUUUCGGGUCUGGAGACCUCUCUCGGCCGGCUGUGUCUGAGAGGAAACGAGCUCAGAACGCUGGCCGUAGACUUCACCCUCUUCAGCAACCUGAAGUCAUUGGAUCUGUCGGUGAACCGGUUUACGGCUUUGUCUCUGUGGAGCGGGGACUCUUCCGUGGAGUCUCUGAACCUGCAGAGUAACAGUCUGGUGACGCUUGCGCCCGCCACCGUGUCGGCUCUGCAGAAAGCGCUCAAGACUUUAUACGUGGGCUCGAACCCGCUGAGCUGCUGCGGAAACCCGCACCUCCUCACUUUACUGCAGCGGGACGGGGUGUCAGUGCCCGACAUCGCCGCCGCGACCUGCUGGUACAGCAAAGACUCACAGAACACUGAGCUCAGCGUGAGCGCCGUACGGGCUGAGCAUUGCGCGUCUGCCGAUGGGAACGUGUUGCUGAUCAGCGUGCUUGUCUUAUUGGUGUUGGGACUGACGGUGCUGUCGACCGUCAUCUUCAAAGUCUGUCACUCCAGACGACACGCGUUCAACAGAGGAAUCAGAGCUUGAACAGAAGAGGGAAAAGAAACCAAAAUACUCUCGCCUGACUGCGGUGGGUUUCGGUAUGGAAUGUGUGGGUGCUCGGGAAGGACAAAACUAUGUGAAAACGCACAACCUUGUGGGUGUGAUCACAUCUGAUUGAACCGGAGGGAUGAAGGUUUACCACAUAAAGACACACAACAGACAAAUGUAGCAGAAACACAUAUGAAGGACAUGAUGAUGAUGAUAUAACACUAGCUCAUCUCCACACGGUUAUAAAUCUGCAUCACAGAAGGUUGUUUUUUGUAUUGUGUGUCUUGUUUUCCUCUGAACACACACCCACCGCAUGCGUGUUUGAUCAGUCUGUCUGUUUUUAGAUGUUUCCAGUCUUUGACCCUGACUGAUGUCUAUAUGGGGUGAUGUACACAAGCGGCUGAUAAAGAUAGUCAGGAGAGUCCACACACAUCAUCACGGCUGAUAUUAAUAGUGUUUUUAUUUCACAGACUGUUAACACUGUAAUAACAGCAGCUUCCUCCUGUCAAUCAUCUUCUGCUUUUCUACACCACACACACGUCAUCAGAACGCUACAUGAAGGAAUUAUUACCCAUCGACUGCUAUAUAUACAUAUACAGUACAUAUAUAAAUAUAUUUAUGAAGUACUUAUUUUGAUAAAUAAAAGAUCUACCUGA